CUACCAACCUGCAGGGACCCCUACGCCCCGCCUAUACCAUCGGGACUUCUCAUUCCACAACCGGGACCCCCCCACGCACCUUCUGCAUCGGGACCAUGGAGAGCUCCGCAGCGCUGCGCGGACUGGUGCUGCUCGGCCUGCUGUCAGUCCUGUGUCACGGCCAAAUCUCCCAGGACGUUUCCUCGGAGGACUUCCCCGUUGAAAGAUCCGAACCCGCAGCCGACAGAGACCUGAUUGAAGCUCUGGAGACUUUGCUGAGCAGGAUGAAUAAUCGUGUUUCAACAGAGAAGAGAGGAAGCAUCCCACUGUGUGGCAUGGGUGACCGCUGUGCCAUGAAGUUCGGACCAAGAAUCGGGAAACUCUGUGACUGUGAGCGAGGUGCUAACUGCAACUCCUACCUGCUCAAGUGCAUCUAGAUGUCCUGCAGACCACGACUUUGUCCCCUCGAUCACUAAUGCAAACACUAAUGUCUGUAUGUUCAUGGAGCAUCAUCAAUAGUUGUGACUCGUGGUGUCGUCAGUGAACGGAUGGAGGAACGCAUGGAUUUUGUAUUUG